GUUCACCUUGCCCCAAAGGUCAGUACUAAUAUUAACGAGCCACUGGAGAAUGGAGAAAUUAAAACCAGCUAUUGAGCCUCCACCUUAGUUCCGUCUCCCGCCUAAGAGAACUGAACUCGAAGUCCCGCCCUGCGUGCGUCCUGCCGUCGGAGGGGGCGGAGGAGAAGGUGAGAACGCCCGUGGAAACGCGAGAGAAGGCGGGGAGCCAGCUCACUUCCGGGCAGCAAUGCAUUCGCCCGCCUAAGUUUCCUUUGGGAAACCGGACAGUUUACCAAAAUGCUGCGCGUGGUAAGCUGGAAUAUCAAUGGGAUCCGGAGUCCCCUGCAAGGCCUUGCCUGCCAGGAACCCAGCAGCUGUUCCACGGCCUUGCGACGCGUUUUGGACGAGCUGGAUGCUGAUAUUGUCUGUCUCCAGGAGACCAAAGUGACCAGAGAUGUACUGACAGAGCCCCUGGCUAUUGUUGAGGGUUAUAACUCCUAUUUCAGCUUCAGCCGCAGCCGUAGUGGCUAUUCUGGUGUGGCUACCUUCUGUAAGGACAGUGCUACUCCAGUAGCUGCUGAAGAAGGCCUGAGUGGUGUGUUUGCCACCCUCAAUGGGGAUAUUGGUUGCUAUGGAAACAUGGAUGAGUUCACGCAAGAGGAACUCCGGGUUCUGGAUAGUGAGGGCCGGGCCCUCCUUACACAGCACAAGAUCCGCACAUUGGAAGGGAAGGAGAAGACUUUGACCCUGAUCAAUGUGUACUGUCCUCACGCGGAUCCUGGGAAGCCUGAGCGGCUGACCUUUAAGAUGCGCUUCUAUCGCCUGCUGCAGAUCCGAGCAGAAGCGCUCCUGGCAGCUGGCAGUCAUGUGAUAAUCCUGGGGGACCUGAAUACAGCCCACCGACCCAUUGACCACUGCGAUGCAAGUAGUCUGGACUGCUUUGAAGAGGACCCAGGGCGUAAGUGGAUGGAUGGCUUGCUCAGUAACCCAGGGAAUGAGGCUGGACCCCACAUAGGGCUCUUCAUGGAUAGCUACCGCUACUUGCAUCCAAAACAGCAGAGGGCUUUCACCUGCUGGUCAGUGGUCAGUGGUGCACGCCAUCUCAACUAUGGCUCUAGACUUGACUAUGUACUGGGAGAUAGGGCCUUGGUCAUAGAUACCUUCCAGGCCUCCUUCUUACUCCCUGAAGUGAUGGGCUCUGACCACUGCCCUGUGGGAGCUGUCUUAAAUGUAUCCUGUGUGCCAGCAAAACAGUGCCCAGCUCUGUGUACCCGCUUCCUCCCCGAGUUUGCAGGUACCCAGCUCAAGAUUCUUCGCUUCCUAGUUCCUCUUGAGCAAGAACCUGUGCGGGAACAGCCAGUCCUGCAGCCCAGCCAUCAAAUCCAGGCACAGAGACAGCCAAGCAAAGCCCGCAUGCAUUCAACCAGGCUUCGGAAAAGUCAAGGUGUCCCCAAAAGAAACCAGAAAAACCUGAUGAGUUACUUCCAGCCUUCCUCUAACCUUUCCCAAACUUCUGGUGUGGAGCUGCCUACCCUGCCUCUGGUGGGCCCUCUUGCAACCCCAAAGACUGCAGAAGAGGUGGCAACAGCCACAGUGGUAGAAGAGAAGAACAAGGUUCCAGAGUCCAAGGAUGAGAAGGGAGUAAGGACUGCCUUCUGGAAGUCUAUGCUGAGUGGGCCCUCACCCAUGCCCCUCUGUGGAGGCCACAGGGAGCCAUGUGUGAUGCGUACUGUGAAAAAAGCAGGACCCAACUUUGGUCGCCAGUUCUACAUGUGUGCUAGACCCCGAGGUCCUCCCAGUGACCCCUCUUCCCGCUGUAACUUCUUCCUCUGGAGCAGGCCCAGCUGAACAGACUGAGGCAUGGGGAUGUCACCAUGCAUGGGGUCAGAUGCCAGGUCUCCCCCUAGGAAGGUGUCCUUUUCCCCGAGUCUUCUUUUUGUUUUCUGCUUUCCCUCCCUUCCUUCCCUUCUCCCCCUAAUGCCUCUCCCCUCUCACAUCUCUGUUUCUUCCUCUUUGGACAUGGAGGAGCAGGGAACUAAUUUAAACCCCUUCUACCCUUGUUAGGGCAUAAAUAACAUUUUGUUCAUAAAUAAAGUUCACGUCUUUGUUUCAGUA